AUGCAGCUUGUUCAAAACGUACCUCAGUCAUUAUUCGUCUUUAUAUUCAUACCAUACGGUCUUAUAAUGACUGGAAUAAAAGAGUUAAAGAACUUCACGACUACUGAUCUGUUCACGUAUGUUCAGGUACCGGUUAAUACCAAUGCCUCCAUAAUGAAAGGAAUUAUUGUGUUGUACAUGCGAGAAUUUUCCAAGGCCCAAAAGAUGAUGGACCUAAUGGACGUUCGCUGCACUAAGAUGGAGGAUAAGAUCCAGGUGCAUCGAUCAGCGGCUUUAUGUAAUCGGGUUGUCGUUGCUUCAUGCAUAUAUUUCGGUUACCUGACCAUGGCCUUAACCGGAGCUUUGGUAAUUGGAAAGACUCCAUUCUGUCUGUAUAACCCACUGGUCAACCCGGGCGACCAUUUCUAUCUGGCCACUGCUAUUGAAUCGGUCACAAUGAUUGGUAUUAUUUUGGCGAACCUCAUUUUAACGUUUAUUUAUCUAUGUGGUCAUGUUGUGACCCAUCUGAACUUUUGCGUCAGUGAUAAUAGAUCUUCGAUCAGAUCUGAUAAAUAUGAUCAAUUACGAGAAUGUUGUGUAAAGGAUCACAAGUUAAUUGUAAUAAAAUAAAAAAAUAUAUAAAUGUAUAUUUAUUUCUUCUAAUUAGAUAUGGACACUUGUUCCAUGAUAUCAGCGACGAUGUUCAUACGAUUGCUGUCCGUCGGUCUUUUCGGACUGGCAGCGGUUUCCAUGCAGUUUUAAUACCGUAAUGAAGUCUGUUCUGGAGUCUAUACCAUAGCCAUACUUUAACUUUCGUUUUGCUACGUCUGUGAGCACUGAACAGCGACUGCGAUCUUAACCAACGCAGUGUUCCAUUCGAAGUGGAUCGGGGCAGACCGUCGAUAUAGAACCACGAUGUUGUACUAUCAUAAUGUCCAGCUGUCGAUUCCAUUCACCGCGGGCGGAAUUUUCCAUUGCUUGAACACCAAUAUUGAGAUGGCCAAGUUAGCUUUCUGUACCAUUGUGAAUGAAAUGGACUUAGCGGAGAAAUUGAGAGGGACAACUCCAAGUGCAACACGUACUGGAGAGUGCAGCGCCAUAAAAACCACAAUAGAGCUCCCGGGUUACUCGUACCAGCGAUCUCCAGAAAUCAGGAAGGAACCGGACAAAGGAACGAUAAUGAACCGGGAGACUGGGUAUAUCGACCUCGAUGUGAUCCAUUAG